CAUGUGGCUGGGAGCACGGAGUUUUCAAAUAUUCGCUAUAUUAUUCACAAUCAAUGGUCUGCCUGCUAGGUACAAGAUUCCCCGAAGUCCAUAUGAUGUCAUAUCAGAGUUAAUGGAAACGGCGGCUUCACCAAACCCUUUGAUAGUGUACUUAAACCCCACUGACCAGGCAGAUAUUUUUUACGAUGAACAAGAACAACCUGUACAAUCAAUAGAAGACGAUGAACAUUUUAAUUUUGAUCACAAUUCAGCUAAAUUGCAGAGUGCAAAUAGUUUGUUCAAUGCCCUGAUUGCCAAUUUUCGCAAUCCUUUAAGGGAUGCUGACAGUAACGUUCUGGAAAUACGAAAGGAAAAAGAAAUAAUGAUCUCCAACGCACUACGAUCACGAUGUGAGGCUAUAGUUAAAUGUGAAGAAAAAUGUGGAAAAACAGAGAAAAAAAGCAAUGCAUGUUCUGAUAGUAAUUCUAACUUUUGUAAUGAAGAUAGUGCACCAACGACGCCAAAACCAUAUUGUCCAAAAAGCUGCAAGGCCGUCUUCGAUCAUUUGAUAAAUUGCCCACCACCAGGAAAUAAAAAAAAGAAAGAACAAAAAAAGAAAGAACAAAAAAGGAAAGAAAAGAAAAAGAAGGGGUGUGCGACUGGAAAAACUUUGCCACCGAGCUGGAAAAAGGUUUACAGGUACUGAACAAAAUGGAGACGAAUCGGGCAUUGAUAGUGCAAAUAAUAAUUUUAAUGAUAAUAAUAGUAAGGUUUUGGAAACUUGUUAAUUAUUUCUUAAGGAUCAAAGUCCCAGGGACGGGAACAAAUGGAACGAAUAUGACAAACAUUCUAGAAAAAAUAUAGAACAUAAUACUUGAAGAAUUGAUAAAGACGUUGCUGCCCUUAAUAAGAGUUCGGUUGGAGCAUUUAAUGAUCAUUUUUUAAAUGACCUGACGGAACAAGUUGGGAAUGAUGGCAAGAAAACACUAAUUGUCUU